AUGAGAAAACCUCCCAGCUAUACCAAAGGGACACCUACCCAAGUCUAUAAGUUACUCAAGAGUUUAUAUGGCCUUAAACAAGCUUCGAGGCAAUGGUACUCUAAAUUCUCUACAUCUCUUAUUGAUUCUGGUUUUUCUCUAUCAAAGGCUGACUAUAGCCUUUUCACCAAGGAAUUAAAUGGUUCAUUCACAACUGUGCUUGUAUAUGUCGACGAUAUCCUUGUUGCCAGCAAUAACAUUAAUUUUGUGAACCAGUUGAAGUCUUUUUUGGCUAGCAAAUUCAAAAUUAAGGACCUCGGUUCUUUGAGGAACUCAAAAAGUCUCCACAGAGCUGUCAGCAACAACUAUAGCAAAUUUCAAAGGUACAAUUCUCUUGCUCACAGAUCAGACCUUUCAAACCAAAUUUUGAUCUUCGAUGUUGAAGGAGCUUUAUUGAAAUCCUCAUCAUUGUUCCCUUAUUUUAUGCUUGUGGCUUUUGAAGCUGGAGGUCUUUUCAGGGCUUUUAUUCUACUCGUUUCAUAUCCAUUUAUUUGUUUAGUUGGUGAAGAGAUGGGCUUGAAAAUAAUGGUCAUGAUCUGCUUCUUUGCGAUUAAACAAGACAACUUCAGAGUUGGAACAGCUGUUCUGCCAAAGUUCUUCUUGGAGAAUGUUGGGUUGGAAAUCUAUGAGGUGGUGAAAAGAGGAGGCAAAAAGGUCGGCGUAAGUAAUAUACCUAAAGUAAUGAUUGAUAGUUUCUUGAGAGAUUAUUUGGAGAUAGAUGUUGUAGUUGGACGAGAGCUAAAGGUUUUCUGUGGGUACUUUGUUGGACUCAUGGAAGAGAGAAAGAAAGAAAAGCUUGUUUUACAGGAGAACAAUAGUGAUGUUAUCGGCAUUACUNAGUUAUCCUCUCCUAUGUCAUGA